AUGGAAACAAGUUCGGCUGAGAUCGAGGCAACCAUUCGCGAUCUAGAAUCAAAUUUGAACGAAUUAAAAGAACUCUUGCUGCUUGCUCCUGAUGAGCAAGACUUGAAGCAAUGUGUUCAAGAUCUGGAAGAGCUUGUUGCCAUGCAUCACGAGCAACUAAUUGAGGCUACAAAACGAGAACUUGAGGCAGCAGAUUCGGUUAAAGUAAACCAAAGCGACUUGACAUUUGAAAGCGCAGAAGGCCUGGCAUUGGGUGAAGGUCUUGGCAAAUCUAAAGAGGGCAUAAUCAAUCCGAUCGAAGUUCGUCUUAUCAAGCAAGGUGUCUCGUUAGAUUAUAUUUCUACCAACGGCAAAAAGGUUAAACCGUCGAAACCUAAACCCGAGCCUAAACCUGAUGGCUUUUUCGAUUUUCUCAAUUCUUCUCUAAACACUACAAGUAAUAACCGCCAUCAGAACAAGAACGUCGCUUUGUUUAAUUUGGAACGUGAAUUGGCUGUCGUUGAAAAGGAAUUAGUUAAAGCACGUCAGUCGCUCACUCGGAAUGAGGGCAAGGAUCCGGCGAUGGCCAGCAGAUUCAGAGCAAAAGUUAGGGCGUUAGAAGCUAAUUGUGAAGAACUGCGACGGAGAGAAAGAGAGCUUGGAGAUGGAUUAAAAAAGGAGAGGGGCAGGAAGCAGAUGCUCAAAUUUUAG